AUAGAUAGGGCGUCGGAGGAGGUCGUGUCUGGUGUCUGCUCAGCUAUACUCGACCCUACCCUAAUCUAGCAUCAUUUACUAUAAUCUACUAUCAUCUACACUCUAGGUGCGGCGAGGACAGGCGGCGACCAGAAGGGGAGUGGUUGAAGUGGCCACGCUCCUGCUCCCGCUCCUUGUUCUCGGCGCCGCAGGGCAGCUUCUGCCGCUUGGACCCAGCAGGAACAAUCACUCGUUAGUGCGGAAGACUCGCAGUGCCGUGCUCGGGCUGAGGCUCGGGGUGGUGGUGCUACGGUGAGGAUGUCCCGCCGCAGUCUCCGCCUGGUCACCACCGGCUACUACCAGGACGACGACGAUGCCUCCAGCAGCAGCGGCGGCUCCUCCAUCAACGGCGCUCCCUCUUACAAGGAGAGUCCUGUCAGGUUGCACAAGAAAAGGUCAAACAGCAAGCGGCCGGGGCCUGCGCCUGGCGUCAAACGUUCGGCGUCCAACAGUUCGGUCAACAGUCUGAGUAGCAACGUCAGCAACGCCUCCAAGCGCUCUCUGCACCUCGGCGGCAGCAGCAGCAGCGGCUGGCAGGAGCCCGUCGCAGUCACAGGGCCGUCCAGCUUUGAGGACAGGUAUGAAGAGAAAUUCAACAGAGCGAAUGGCAGGAUGGGGAUUAUGACAGAGCCUUCCACUUCCUCCGACAUCCACUUGUCGUCCACAUCUGGCUACUCCUCCGAGGAUGAGCGGCAGGGUUUGGCCUACUCUGAAUCGUUCUCUCCCCUUGCCAAGCUGUGGGGCUGGAUCUCGCUGCUGUCUCCAGGAAAAGCUCUGCCCCUGGUGUACUGGUGGUUGGGCACAGCCUGGUACCAGUUAACAACGGCUAUCUCCUUGAUCGAUGUCUUUACUCUGUCCAGGUUUGUCCCUCACGUGAAGAAGUGGAUGCUGCUGGUGUUGCUGGCAUUACUGGGUGUUGGCCUCUUGAUGUUAUCCAGAAGUAUCUGGUCUCGUGCCGAGAAGCCGGGCGUGCUGGAAAGCACUCAGGUGAGCCCUCAGGCUGGCCUGCAGGUGCGAGUGCACAGAAUGGAGAAGGAGCUGGAGCUGCUGACCGCUGACUUCCGGGCUUGGCGGGACCUGGGCGGUGAGCCGUCUGAAACCAUACGCCUCCCUCCCCCGCUGACACCAGCCCACAUCGAGCAGCUGGGCAAGGUAACCCUUCAGAGACUGGAGGAGCUUCAGAACAUGCUGCCCUUCGAGUCACUGGAGAGGGUGCAGGCUGACAUCGCCGCCAUCCAGCAGAUGCAUGAGGAGCGGACGGAGCCGGCGCUGCGGGCAGUUGAUUACAAUAACAAGAUGCUGUUGCAGAAGGUGAAGGAAAUGGAAUCUGCUGUGGAAAGGUUGACAGAUGAACAGAAGCAGCUACUGACUGCACUGGCGCUGCUGGAGGAGCAGCUCAGCCAGACACGGCUGGAGCUGCAGGCUGCACAUGCGGCACAGAAGGACAUGGACUCUAGCAUGCAAGCUCUGGAAAGCAGAGUUAAAAGUAUGACUGAUAAGGAGACGGCGUUGCUCCCACUUGUCCACAAGCUGCUCUUUGGUUCAUCAGAAGACAGCACAGGGGAACCACUGACAGCACAGCUGGUAAAGCGCAAGGAACUCGAGGCCCUCCUUGCUGGCUUGGAGAAGAAGAUCCUUUCAGAUGCUUCACUUUAUCCUGGUCUGACAAUGGAGGCACACACGGCAGCUGUCAGAGCAGGGAUUAUUAAGGAAGUGAAAAGCAUUGUGGAGCAAGCCUUGAAACUGUACAGCGCUGACAGGGUUGGAUUGGUGGAUUAUGCACUGGAAUCUGCUGGUGGCAGUGUGAUCCACACGCGCUGCUCAGAGACGUUAGAGACCAAGACUGCUCUUCUUAGUCUGUUUGGCUUUCCACUGUGGUACCAAUCUCACUCACCCAGAGCUGUCAUUCAGCCGGAGGUUCAUCCUGGGAACUGUUGGGCAUUUAAAGGCUCCCAAGGCUUUGUUGUCAUCGAGCUUGCUGUCCAGAUCAGGCCUACUACCUUUACCCUAGAGCACAUUCCAAGAUCAAUUUCUCUGCAUGAAUCAAUUAGAAGUGCCCCUCAAGACUUCUCUGUUUAUGGCUUGGAUGAUGAAAAUCAAGCCGAAGGGGUCCUUUUGGGACAGUACACGUAUAACGUGGAAGGGGAUUCAAUCCAGAUGUUUGAAGUGCAGAAUAAAGAUGCUGCAGCAUACAAAGUAAUUGAACUGCGGGUGAAUAGCAAUUGGGGUCAUCCUGAAUACACUUGCAUCUACCGGUUCCGUGUCCACGGAGAACCAGCGAUGUGAUUCUGGAAGUCGGCUACCCCGUGCUCUACAACCCGACCAACCUCUACCCCGCGCUCUACAGCCCUACCUUACAAACUUUGCCAAGUUUUUACUUUCUCUACAUCCGAAGCUUCAGAGCCGGCAACAGUUCUAACUAGCUCUACCGCCCAAACUCUGCUCUGCUGUGCUCCUUGUUGCAAACAAAAGAAGACCAUUUGUCAGGAAACAAAUUCAAAGGUAUUUAGAACUGGAAAGUAUUGAAGAGAAACUCUCAGUUUCAAGACUGCAUACAUCAUCAGCCAUAAGUAAUUUGGACAAGAAUAAUAGGAAUUGGAUAGUUUUGUUUCUUAUCAAAGUACACCCUUCAGAUUCAGUGUCCACCUGUUCAUCCCUGUGGGAAAAAAAUAAGCUCUCGUUUUCAUGAUGGAUCUCAUGACACAUUGAUUUUAAACAAUUUGUACUGGACAUUCAAAAUUCCAUUAUAUUGGUUGAAAGUUGAUCUCCCGCAACAAUGUCGACCGCAACAAUGAAAUACAAGAACACACUAGCAAACAAUGUCACCUUUUUUUAAGGUGCAUCUGGGCUUUUCCUCUUGUACAUAACCAUUAAUUCCAGCUUGGUAUAGAGUUUGCAAAUGGUCGAACAUUUGUAAUGGUUAUCAUACACCCGACUGAAAUUCCAAUACCACCCAACCACAUUUCAAUACAAGACAGAUCAAUGCAGGCAUUGCAUCUAUCAAGAAUUAACUGUUGUGCUGCUCAACUAUCCAUUUGGACUGUUGUUAAAUGGGUUCUAUUUUAACUAAAAGUAUUAAUUUUCCUGCACCUAGUCUUUGACAUGAAUUGCUCCCACCUCAGAUCCCCAGCAAGAAUAUUAUGCAAGUGUGGCAGUACAGCACACAAAGGCCUGUUGGCCUGCUGUGGAAUAUAGAAGAAUUCCAGAAAAUUCAGGUAUCUUUGUAAGAAUAAUAAUUCCCACCAGUCAGAUGGCCUGGGUAAGUCCAGAUCACUUACUGUCUGGAAAUCCACGUUACUUUUUUGUCUCUUAUGUACAUGGGUAGAGAACAAAGCUGAUAUGUUAUUACCAAUUGCUACAUGCUUUGACAGUAUCUUGACUGGAUGGGUGUCUUCCUGAGUCACCUGCAUUUAUGGUUGCUUUCCAAGAGGAGGCUGUGACAAAUUACAAAUAUUUAUUGAAUUUUAUUUUAAGUUGUCCAAUCUUUUUGAUUUAUGUGUUUAAUAGGAUGUUGCAAGCUUUGCGUGUACUGCCAAUUUCUAAUUGCUUAUUCAGUUGCUUAAGUGUAGCACUGCUGCUAUCUGUGUUUGUAGGUUCCUGGUCCCAUACUACAACUGUAACCCUGCUCUGCUCAGUGUAAUGAGCAGCAAGUUUUCUGCAAAAUCUGCAUUCAUUUCUUAGCAUCAGCAGUGUUAAGUUUCUGUUAAACUUAUCGAUAGUUCAGUCACUAAACAAGCCAGAAUGACAAGCCCUCUGCUGCAGUUUGAAUUUGUGAAUAUGCAUUAAUCCCCAAAUUCAUAUUCCUAUGCAUUUGUAAAAGGUUUAUUGAUGCUCGGCUCACCCACUCAAGAUUAAUAGUCAGUCCAUAUCUUUGGCAACUAAUGAAUUUCCUCAAUUAUCUAGUCGAGUGUUGAAUGUACGGGUGUUAGAAAAAAAAGCACAGUUUCAAAGGAUAAACAAAAUUUCAAAGAAUUUUCUGACAUUUUUUAAUUAAGGGUCAAUGUCUAUUAUUUUGAAACUAAGACAAAAUCCAAGCAAUGGUGAAGCUACUGGGUUUAUAUUAAUUAAAAAUAUAACAGAUUCUGAAAAGAGAUCUCUCCAACCAUUGUUUGGCCUCUAUGUGACUCCAGGUCCAUGGCAAUGUUGCAUACAGUUUAGCUGUUUGAUAUUGCCUACACACUUGUAUCAAAUUGUGAAAGUGAUCCAAAAAUAUAGCUCAUCACCAUCUCAAUGACAAAUGGCUUUAGGCUAUAAAUGCGAACAAUGUCAAGACUCCCACAUGUGGAUUGAUAUAUUUAAUUGAAGUGAAUUAUUCUUGCUGCACUGAAGUUGCACAACAUCAUUCAAUCAAUCAAUCAAGUUUUAUUCGUCACUUACACAUAAGUGCAAGUGAAAUGAAUUUGCCAGC